UGGGGUGGGUAGUGGGUGUUUGCUUUCUGCAAUUCUGCAUUAUUCCCAUUUUCCGCGAACUAAAACGCGGUUCUUAGAAAAUUUGCCUUUUAGUUUCGUGAAUGAAACUUACUCUUUUUGAUUAAAAACUAUAAUGACUUCAACUUUAAAGAUUGGAAUUAUGGGAGGUUCAGGUCUGGACGAUCCAGAUAUCUUGGAAGAGCGCAAAGAAACCAGUGUAGAUACACCAUACGGUCGCCCAUCCGACCUUGUGAUAGAAAGCAAAAUCAAGGGUAUACCGUGUGCCCUCUUGGCACGACAUGGAAGGACUCACUCGAUCUUACCAUCGAACGUUAACUAUCGAGCCAAUGUCUGGGCACUGAAAUCCGUUGGGUGUACCCAUUUGAUAGUAACUACUGCCACUGGUUCCUUGCAGGAAAAAUACAAACCGGGUGACUUGGUCAUUCCGAAUGAUUUCAUAGACAGGACUACAAAACGCGCUCAAACAUUCCAUGACGGAGGAAAGGACAGUCCGGUGGGUGUGUGUCAUCUGCCAAUGUAUCCAGCAUUUUCUGAGAGAACUCGCAAUGUCCUAAUCACCACAGCGAAGGAACUGGGCUAUCAGGUUCAUGAAACAGCCACAGUUGUGACAAUUGAGGGUCCCAGAUUCUCCUCUCGAGCUGAAAGUCGCAUGUUCCGCCAAUGGGGAGGCGACCUUAUUAAUAUGACAACUUGUCCCGAAGUGGUUUUAGCUAAGGAAGCUGGUCUUCUCUAUGGAGCUAUUGCCAUAGCCACGGACUACGACUGCUGGCGUGAGAGCUGCGAGAGUGUCAACGUUUCUGACGUCCUCAAGACCUUUGGCGAGAACGUCGUUAAGGUUAAAAGUAUUUUGGUUCACGCAGUCGGAAACAUUGCCAAGCAGGACUGGACCGACGACGUUCUCAAAGCGCAGAAGCUGGUGGCUGACAACAUAAUGGGAGGACACUAAUGGACGAAGCAGAACGCACGCGACCAAAGAAACACAAUUUGUACACAAAAAAGGUUUAUAUUUUAAUGUUUAAGAAAUAAAUUGGUUUAUGGAAGAGAAAAAACAUGAA